AUGAAAAAUGUAACCGAUUCUUUCGUUUCUUUGGGCCACUGGCCAUCCGCCGGGAGUUUCGGGUUUAAUACCGAUAUUUUAUCAACAAAUCCAAUAAAUCUAAGUGUAGUGCUUGGUGUAUUGAUCUUUUUUGGAAAGGGAGUGUAUAAUCGAAAACAGAGGAUCUUGAAUACUAUUCGAAAUUCAGAAGAAUUACGUGGAAGAGCCAUUGAACAGCUGGAAAAAGCCCGGGCUCGCUUACGGAAAGUGGAAAUGGAAGCAGAGCAGUUUCGAGUGAAUGGAUACUCUGAGAUAGAGCGAGAAAAAUUGAAUUUGAUAAAUUCAACUUAUAAGACUUUGGAACAAUUAGAGAAUUACAAAAAUGAAACUAUUCAUUUUGAACAACAAAGGGCGAUUAAUGAAGUCCGACAACGGGUUUUCCAACAAGCCUUACAAGGAGCUCUAGGAACUCUGAAUAGUUGUUUGAACAACGAGUUACAUUUACGUACCAUCAGUGCCAAUAUUAGCAUGUUGGGGGCGAUGAAAGAAAUAACUGAUUAG